CAGGGCCGACGGGCCAGGUCCUCGCCCUCGCUCUGGGACAGCUCGCUGCAGGAGCAGAAGGGCGAGCUGCGCAAGCGGCUGUCCUACACCACGCACCGUCUGGAGAAGCUGGAGAACGAGUUCGACUCCACCCGCCACUUCUUGGAGAUCGAACUGCGCCGUGCGCAGGAGGAGCUGGAGAAAGUCACCGAGAAGCUGCGCAGGAUUCAGAGUAACUACAUGGCGCUGCAGAGGAUCAACCAGGAGCUGGAGGACAAGCUAUUCCGCAUGGGCCAGCACUAUGAGGAAGAGAAACGAGCUCUCAGCCAUGAGAUUGUCGCCCUCAACAGCCACCUGCUGGAGGCCAAGGUGACCAUUGACAAGCUGUCGGAGGACAAUGAGCUCUAUCGGAAGGACUGCAGUCUCGCGGCACAGCUACUGCAAUGCAGCCAGACCUACGGGAGGGGCCACAAGAUGGCCGAGCUGCCCGCGGAGUUCCAGGAGCGCAUGAACCUGCACGCGGAGAAGCCAGGCUGCAGCCUGCCCGCCCCGCUCUGCCGCCCGGCCUACGCUGACAGCGUGCCCCCCUGCGUGCUCGCCAAGGUGCUGGAGAAGCCGGACCCCGGCAGCCUGUCCUCCCACCUGUCGGAAGCCUCGGCCCAAGACCUGGGCUUCCCCGAAGGGCUGGAGAAGCCAGGGCCCCGGCCCCCCUACAAGGGGGACAUCUACUGCAGCGACACGGCCCUCUACUGCCCUGAGGAGCGGCGCCGAGACCGGCGGCCCAGCGUGGAGGGGCCUGGGUCCGACGUGGGCUUCCUGCAGGCCCAGAAUUCCACCGACAGCACGGCCGAGGAGGAGGAAGAGGAGGAGGAAGCUUCCGAGGCCGGCGCGGCAGCCUACCCCGCGAGCUACCGCCACGAGGCCUUCGGCGGCUAUGCGGCCUCGCUGCCCACGUCCAGCUCCUACUCCAGCUUCAGCGCCACAUCCGAGGAGAAGGAGCACGCCCAGGCCAGCACGCUGACCGCCUCGCAGCAGGCCAUCUACCUGAAUAGCCGCGACGAGCUCUUUGGCCGCAAGCCGCCCGUGGCCUACGGGAGCAGCCCGCGCUACGCGGCUGCCGCAGCUGCGGUGGCCACCCCACUGGAGGCCGCGGUGGCUCCGGGGUUCCCCAGGACUGUGUCGCCGUUCCCCGCCGAGCCCUUCCGCUUCCCGCUCUCCCCGGGCCCCCAGCCUGCCCUGAUGCCCCCCAACCUGUGGAACCUGCGGGCCAAGCCCGGGUCCGCCCGGCUGGUCGCAGGGGCUGGGCGCGGCCAGUGGCGCCCGCUGAGCGUGGACGACAUCGGCGCCUACCCCUUUCCGGCCGCGGCCGCGGCCCCUGCCCCCAGCCUCGCCUCGCCCAGCGGCUUCAAUGACCGCUACUUUGGGGCCCGAGGUGGCCCCGGCGAGAACGCCGAGGGCCGCGCCAGCCCCCUCUAUGCCAGCUACAAGGCCGAUAGUUUCUCGGAGGGCGAUGACCUCUCCCAGGGCCACCUGGUCGAGCCCCGCUACCUCCGGGCGGCCGGUGACCUGAGCCUUAGCCCUGGCCGCUCGGCCGACCCCCUGCCCAGCUACGCAGCCAGUGAGGGGGACCGUGAGCGGCUCGGGGUGCAGCUCCUCGGGGCAAGUGGCAGCCCUGAGCCCGAGCUCAGCCUCCGCAGCUCCAGGGACUCCCUGGAGCCCAGCUCCAUGGAGGCCUCCCCAGAGAUGCACCCCGGUGCCCGCCUCAGCCCCCAGCCUGCCUUCCCUCGGGCGGGCAGCUCGGGGCUCAGCCGCAAGGACAGCCUCACGAAAGCCCAGCUCUACGGAACCCUGCUCAACUGAGCGCCCCGUGUGAGGGCCCCGCCAUGGCCGGUCCCACACACUGGGUCCCCAGGGGUGCUGCCUCGACUCCCCGCCAACCCCACCCUCUCGGCCCUGCACACCAGGACCCCUCUCCACCUAACCCAGUCGAGCCCGAGAGGGGGACCCCAACCAGAGCGUCUUGUCCACCCUGCACCACCACUGUGCAACGUUUUCUGACUCAGCAGUAGCCUUCCCCGACUGAAAUGAGUAUCCUCCCCCCUUGCCCCCCUGCCCCCAGCUUUACCAAGUGCAACUAUUCUUAUAGAGCAAAGUGUCUUAAUACACUCGGCCUCCAGCUCCCUGGACGGCAGCCCCAGGCGUUUUCAGCGCAAACGCUCCUGGAUGUUUUCGGGUGAGGGCAGGUGGGGCCUGCCCCUGGGAAGGGAAGGGAAGGGUGGAGACACCCCAUAAGCCAGUGAUGACUGGUCUGGAAGCUGUGUCGACAGAGAUGGGGACUGGAACGGGUGAUGGGAUGUGAAACGCUUCUAGCUGUUCUUUCCGUGUGGCCGCCGACCCCUCCCCCAGCUCUACUGUGGUCCGUAGUCCCGUGUGUCCCGAGUGGGGCCGGUGCUCGUACCCCCACCCCCAGCGUCCCGCUCCCCGGCACCACCUCGCGCUACCUCACACGUAAUGAGGCCCUCUGACCCCGGUUUCCGUGACUUGCUUCCGUGUUGUUGUCUGUGAUGCAUGCCCUGUCUCGGUACUGUAU